AUGCCUUCCCGGCGUACUGCCGGUAGUGCUGCCAGCAAACGACGCAAACAUUCGUUGGGUAAUUUACGUCGUGCACAUCCAGCCUCAGGUGCAACAUGGAAUGUCCAGGUGGUGCGUGGAAAAAUGUCAUCGAAAUGCCUGUGGCAUGCAUGUCGAGCCCUGAUUUUGGGUGUGACAUUGCUGCUGCUUGGCGCGGGAAUGGCAACAUUAGGUUACUAUGCUGACUAUUUAUCCAUCGGUUCCGAACUACGUGGCAAUGCCACAGUUCGCGUUAAAAAUGAUCUGAAAGGAUUUCAUUUGAAUAAUUUUUCAUAUGUGGGACCCAUUGUUAUGGGUUUUGGUGGCUUUAUUGUCGUCGCAUCGUGUGUCAUGACAUUUGAGGCGAGAGAUUCAGCGGCGAAAGUGGUACCGGCACGUUUCAGAGCCGGUGUCAAUGGCAGUAAAAUUACAGUGCGUAGCAAUCAAAGUAGUUCGGCAUCUCAAAGGCGUGCAAUAGGUCUUCAAUACCAAACGACACGAUGGGAUCAACAAUUUGGUGUUUUUCGUUCAUCACCGGCUACAGAACAGCCACAGGCAACACCCGCGCCCUUCGAUCGUGAAGCUCUAACGGCAGAAUUAAUAAAAUUCUCUAAAACCCUGAGUGCAUCUGCUCGCUUUUCACCAAAACUGAGACGUAUCUCCUACACUGGUUCUGUGCCUAACCUCUCCACCCAUCAUGCCUCCUCAUCAACACUCGCCUAUUCCACUAAUAUAUCACAUUUACUCUCGCCGAAUCACAAAACCCUGCUGUUGGCGGAACACAAACGGCAUCGAACCCAUCGCCAUCAUCACCACCAUCACCACAACCCGACAACGGCGUCACACAACAGUGGGCGCCAGGUCAAAAAUCGUGGUACUCGUAUUAGUAAUAGUUUAAUUCAAAGAGCCACCCGAGAGAGCACGUCAUCGAUACAGUGUGCUCUGCUGCAGCCGCCGCCGGCCAACAACAAACUGCUCUGGCACCAUGCGGCCUCGUUCGACGAAAGUUGCCGAGUGGCCAACGAAAAGCAAAGGGAGCGGGUGGCGGAGCGAACAAAACGUUCGGACACAGCCAAACGACACGUGCUGGCCCGUCAGAAACCCAUCGAGCAUGAGGAGGAUAAAGCAAUAGUUACGAGUCCGUUGGGUAAUCGAAGAUGUUCCACAAUGUCGGAUUCAUCGUAUAGUGGCCGCUGGACGGUCCGUUGUUCGUCAAUCGCGAGUCGAACGUCAAUUGUAAGUCGAGCCUCCAGUAUAGACUCGAGGCGUAUACAAGUCGAUUUGCAUAGUCCAGAGGUGGUGCCCAAGUCAAUAUUACGUUCCCCCAAACGUUACUGUUCCGGGCCUUCGGCAACGCCAUCGGUGGAGAAAGAAUUUCGAAGUCAACUUUCAGUAUGCUCCGAACCACCUGCCCCAAUAAGACAACUCUCCGGUCAGUCGAGUUUAGAACCAUGUCUGCCCGAAGAGGGACUAGAACAUUACGACGAAGCACUACAAUUGAAACCAACCGACUCCCUGUCAUCGCUGACAACAACACCCACCACCAUCAAUCCCGUUGAUCCACCACCACCCCCACCACCAAAUACAAAUUUGAAAUCACCCAACCACUGUGGUAUGUUGAAAAAACCACGACCUGACUCCCUGCCACUAAUGGGUAAUGCUGCUAUUGUCGAGCUAACUAAAUCUUUGCCGCAGCAAGAACGUAUUAAAAAUUUGCAACGAAGUCACUCAUCACGGACUUAUGAUCGACCCAAGGUACAAAAAGCUCCCGAACAUGAUGAUUCGAUAUUCUAUAUACGAUCGGAUCAUCGGAAUUUGGAACAGAACAACGACUUCUACGAUCAGAUAAUAAACGAACGACGUUCGACGCUGUUGAAGGCUGACAGUGAAACCGCUUUAGCUGAGCGUAAGCAUAGCUCACUCUCGAUACCGGAGAAAAUCCUGGAGCAAUGUAAUCAAAAUUCUACAGAAGUGGAAACGGAUGAGCGAGUGGAAGAACCUCAAGCUAAUGAUAAUAAUGUGGAUGAUGUUGUUGUACAAAUUGAGGAAGAAGGAGUAUAA